GCGCCCAAACUGGAUUUGACCACCCGUUUCUUAAAGACGAUGGUUGUAACGUUACAUUAAUUUAAUGAUUUACGUGAUGAGCUUUUCCUAAAUGUAUUAUUUAAAUACAUUAUUAAAUAAUGUAUUUUGUGAAAAUAACUCACAAACGAGAUCCAGACAAUAGUGCUGGUUAAACUACGAGGGGAUACAUAUUUACUCAGUGCACCCCUGUCAUUUCUGUUGCUGCUACUUCUGACACUUCCUUGUUCAAAAGUUUCGUUUUGAGGAAGACUUGGCAAAACUUUAACGCUCGCUGCAGUAGAAUUUGUUAUAUUUUCCAAGUUAUUCAAAUGUAAAAGCCAUGGAUUUAGUGGUUCUUCCUUACUGACGACCUCGUAUGGCUGCAAUCACGCAAAGCUGGCUAAAAUAGCGCCGAGGCUGAGUAGAGAUGUCCGCGGCUAACGUUAGCGACGAGAUCCGGGUGAAGUUUCCCCUACACUCCGCUGUUUGGACGAACGAUUAUAGGCAGCUGGAGGAAAAUAUACGGUUGCCAGAGAGUGACAUUGAGGCAGUAGAUCCCAGAGGACGGAGUCCUUUGCAUUUGGCUGUUUCUCUUGGUCAUCUGGAAUCUGUGAGAGUCCUUCUGAGAUAUGGUGCACAAGUAACAAAAGAAAAUGCCAAAAACUGGACUGUUUUGCAGGAGGCAGUUAGUACAGGAGAUCCAGAAAUGGUUCAGCUUGUGCUUCAACGCAGAGACUACCUCAAAGCCUCCACUGCUCUUGGAGGAGUGCCUGAGCUGCUGUCAAAGAUCCGAGAGUCCCCAGAUUUUUAUAUGGAAAUGAAGUGGGAGUUUACAAGUUGGAUUCCUCUUGUGUCCCGAGUUUGUCCAAGCGAUGUUUGUCGCAUUUGGAAAAGUGGCUCAAACCUGCGGGUUGAUGCCACACUGCUCGGAUUUGAGAAUAUGACUUGGAUCCGAGGGAGGCGAAGCUACAUCUUUAGAGGAGAUGAUUCAUAUGCAGAGUUGAUGGAAGUAAACCAUGAUGAUAAGGUGGUGGACACAGAACGCUUCAACAUUUCUCAAGAAAUGGAGGAUGUAACUUUAGAGUCAAUGCAGCCAGCUGAACAGGAGGUUGCUAAAAGACUGACUACUCCUAUUGUUAACACGUACCUGGAUACCAAGGAUAUUGCUUUUGAGAGGACCAAGUCUGGUAUUUGGGGAUGGAGAACUGAGAGAACUGAAGUUGUCAAUGGGUUUGAAGCCAAGGUUUUUAGUGUAAACAAUGUCAACGUGGUAAUCAGGACAAGGACGGAGCAUCUUACGGAUGAGGAGAAAUCUCGUAUUAAAAGUGAAAGAAAUGUUCUAGAAUCUCUCUUGGGUACUGUGGAGCUGUACAAUACAGCACAGGGGGACCUUACUCUGGAGUAUGCUACUGCAAACAACCCCACUGCCAUCACCCCUGAGGAAUAUUUUAACCCAGAGUUUGAUUUAGAAAACAGAGACAUUGGUCGACCCAUUGAACUCAGCAUUCGCACUCAGAAAUUCAAAGGUACUUUGUGGAUGAGUGAAGAGCACCCACUGUCACUGGUGGAACAGGUGACCCCAAUUAUUGACCUCAUGGCUCGGACAAGUUCACAUUUUGCCAGACUGCGGGACUUUGUCACUUUGAAAUUUCCUCCUGGAUUUCCUGUGAAAAUUGAGAUCCCACUAUUUCAUGUACUAAAUGCCAGGAUUACCUUUGGUAAUGUGAAUAAAUGCAGUACAGGAGAAGAAGCAACACCAACUCCAGCAGGAACCCCAACAGGAGAUUCUGAAGCAUUGGCUGCAUUUCAGGUAAAUGCUACUGUGUUUGAGGUUCCUGCACACUACCAUCGCCGUGGGGGCAGCAGGCACACGCCAAUGUCCAACAACGAUGAAGAACUGCUGCAGUAUGCAAUCCACCAGAGUCUCCUGGAGUCUCAGGGAAUCUCAGACCAGGAAGGGAAUUGGCAGGAUGGUGAUGAUGGAUUUACUGAUGUAAUGCCCAGAAGUCGCAGUGAUAGGAGCAUUCCAGAGGGGGUGCUAGUGGACCUUGAGGAUGCAUCAAGUCCUGCCAGCUCUUUCACUACCCUGAGUCCAGACUCAGACCUACGCUUGGCUAUGGAGCUGUCUGCUCAGGCUCAGGAAGAAGAAGAGCGGCUAAGGAAGCAAGAGGAGCAGGAGCUGGAGAGGAUACUGCAGCUUUCACUUACUGACAAGUAACAAGGGAAUAUGAGGGAGUUCAAAGGGUACGACAGACUAACUAAUCAUAUUAAACAUGUAGUUUGUAAUAGAUGCAACCAUUGCACCUCAUUUUAUCCUUAACCUGUGCAGCCAUCUAUGCAACUACAGAUUUGUUUCAUUUUUUUUUUUUUUUUUAACAAUAUCAAACUUUCUGAUUCAGUACUAUUGUUGGUAAUUCUUUAUGCUUUAUACACUAGUUUUCAUCUUAAAGAUCCAACUGGCUGUUAGUGAUGUUGUUUUUAUAUUUAAUUAUUCACAAUUAUUGAUUAGAAUUUAAGGCUCAUUGCUUAUCCAUAUUACAUCUUGUAUCCUGUAUUAAGUAUUUCUUAAGAUCUGUUACUUUUGACCAUUAUGGGAUUGAUAUUUUUCUGCACUGUGUAGUCUAUGUAGCCUACAAAGGUUGAGUGUUACUCAACAAAACAGAAGUCUCAGGGUUUACAGGCUCUUAACAUAGAGCUUGCAGUCACUUGCUAAAUGAUUCUGGUGGUAUUGCUCAUAAGAACCAUGAGUCCUUAACUAUAUACAGCAAGUAUCCUGUGCUUUUUGAAUGUACCCUCUUCACUUGGGAAAUUGAAAGCAUGUUGCUGUAAUCAGCUGCUGAUUAUGUUUUCAAAAAGGGUUUGACUUUCCUUACCUUUCUGACAUACCAUUCUAUUAUUUCUUCAUAAUGACCCAGUGUCCACAUAUAAAAUGAUACUCGGUAACAUUUGGCAGCAAAUUUAUAAAUGACUCAAAACGCAACACCAUUUUAGUUUUGGGGUUUUUAAAGCUGUGAUGCAGUAACACAUUUGUUGUGGCAGAUAUUGCUCAGUAUGUUAGUCAUUUUCACUAGUAAACAUCUGUGGGCCUCUGGACAGAAAGCAUUGUUCAACUUAAGCCAUAUGUCCUCAUGUGCCAUUAACAUACCUAAAAUGUAUCUAUCAAGCCAAGGCCAUGUCUCUCAAGGUAAAUUUUGCAACCGUUUAUGAAGUAUUUCUAAAAUAAGAAUUUAUAACUACAUUGCCAUGAUAUGGUUACAUUUGUGCUGAUGGUGCUGAAACAUUAACCACUCUUACUGAUUCCACAAAUCUAUUUUGUGCAUUGUUGGGUUUGGAAAUUACAGAAAUCUGUGGAAACAAGCAAAUUGCCAAACUGCUUAACUAGCAGCCUAACAAAAAUAACGUACAGGGCUGCAUAGUGUUUUACUUUGUGAUUUUAAGAGCUGUUUUCAAAAUAUUUCUAAAAUAAAAGCACUUUAUUUAUAUGU